AAAAAUCAAAAACAUAACCACAAUAUGCACAUAUCAGGAUUAUUAACGAAACAUGAAUGAAAUAAAUAAGAAAUUAGAAAAUGUCUCACUGAAAAACUCUGAUAGUAGUGAAAGUUCCUCGUCAGAUGAAACAUCGAGUGAAGAUGAAGCACCCAGUUUCCCAGUCGCGAUGUGGGAUUUUAAUCAGUGCGAUCCUAAGAAAUGCUCAGGUCGUAAAUUGGCCCGUUUGAAGUUAAUAAAAUGUCUAAAAGUAAAACAGCGCUUUCCUGGGUUGGUGCUUACACCAACCGGUGAAAAAUGCGUCAGCCCUGAAGAUAAAGAAAUAGUCAACAAAAAAGGGAUAGCUGUUGUCGAUUGUUCAUGGGCUAGGAUUGACGAGACGCCUAUAGCAUCUUUAAAGCCGUCUCAUGGCCGACUUUUGCCGUUUUUAGUAGCAGCGAAUCCAAUAAACUACGGCCGACCUUGUCAAUUAAGUUGCGUUGAGGCGAUUGCUGCUACCAUGUACAUCACCGGAUUUAAAGGUGCUGCUAAAUUUUACCUCGAUAAGUUUUCCUGGGGCCAUUCGUUUCUCGCAUUAAACGGCGAAUUGUUGGAUACUUACGCAAAUUGCACAGAUAGUCAAUCGGUCGUUGCGGCACAAAAUAAGUAUAUAGAGGAGGAACAGAACAAACAAUUUAUGAAUCGAAAUGCGCAACCAGACUUUCCCAGUUCGUCCAGUGAAAGCGACUAAGUUUCUUUAAGAAAAAGACUUAAUUGUAAAUAUUUUUUAUUCUUGCAUACAGAUUGUAAAAAAAGUACAAUAAAAAAUAAAUUAAGACGCUUGUA